AUGGGCCCUGAACAAGAUCGCAACUCUGUCGAAGUAAUUCGCAAGGUGCUCGACUAUGAUACACCAGAUCUUGUAGUUCUCAACGACGAUCUCAUUAAUGGUGACUCCACCUACGCCCAUAACAGCACACAUUAUAUUGACCAGAUUGUCGAACCUUUGGUUAAUCGCAGUCUCACUUGGGCGUCUAACUACGGCAACCAUGACCACAACUAUAACAUUGCCGGCGACGAUAUUCUAGACCGCGAGCAGAUGUGGCCUGGGUCGCGCACUCAAAAAAUGGUCAACGAAACAAUGUCCGGCACAACCAACUACUAUCUCGCUGUCUACCCGGCCAACUGUAGCGACACCACCGAUUGCAGCCCUCGACUUCUCCUGUGGUUCUUCGACAGCCGCGGCGGUAACUAUUAUCAAGCAUUCCGGGAACAGGUGGGAGUUCGCAAAAACUACCAGCCAGGUAUCAACGACGAUCCUCCGGUCCCGCAACAAGGUUACGGGUGGUGUGCGAAUGGAACUCCUAGCUAUGAUUGCUUGUACGGCGGCCAGGAUGUACAUUUCAUGGAGGCUUUAGUCACGAUACCAAGAAUCAUCGGUUUGUUUUAA